GCUGUGGCUACACACUCAGACCCUCAGUCAUGCCGGUGCCCGCUCUGUGUCUGCUGUGGGCCCUGGCAAUGGUGAUCCAGCCUGCCUCAGCGGCCCCUGUGAGCAGCCCAGAACUAGCAGAGCAUGAGGAGCUGACCCUGCUCUUCCACGGGACCCUGCAGCUGGGCCAGGCCCUCAAUGGUGUGUACAAGACCACGGAGGGACGGCUGACAAAGGCCAGGAACAGCCUGGGUCUCUAUGGCCGCACAAUGGAACUCCUGGGGCAGGAGGUUAGCCGGGGCCGGGAUGCAGCCCAGGAACUUCGGGCAAGCCUGUUGGAGACUCAGAUGGAGGAGGAUAUUCUGCAGCUGAAGGCAGAGGCCACAGCCGAGGUGCUGGAGGAGGUGGCCCAGGCACAGAAGGUGUUACAGGACAGUGUGCAGCGGCUAGAAGUCCAGCUGAGGAGCGCCUGGCUGGGCCCUGCCUACCAAGAAUUUGAGGUCUUAAAGGCUCACGCUGACAAGCAGAGCCACAUCCUGUGGGCCCUCACAGGCCACGUGCAGCGGCAGAGGCGGGAGAUGGUGGCACAGCAGCAUCGGCUGCGACAGAUCCAGGAGAGAAUCCACAAAGCGGCGCUCCCAGCCUGAAUCUGCCUGGAUGGAACUGAGGACCAACCAUGCUGCAAGGAACACUUCCACGCCCCAUGAGGCCCCUGAACAGGGAGGAGCUGCCUGUUCACUGGGAUCAGCCAGGGCGCCGGGCCCCACUUCUGAGCACAGAGCAGAGACAGACGCAGGCAGGGACAAAGGCAGAGGACGUAGCCCCAUUGGGGAGGGGUGGAGGAAGGAUGUGUACCCUUUCAUGCCUACACACCCCCCUUAUUAAAGCAGAGUCGUGGCAUCUCA